GUAUUAAUGGCCACACAUUAGGAUCAGCUGAUGUGAAGAGCACCGCCUCCGCAGACAGACAACGUGUCCACACAGUUAUCGCUGCCAUACGUCGUGCGCAACAAUGAAUGGACAAACGGUUCCCGUUAAUAGACACCAGUAUUCCUCCGCAGCCGUCACCGCUUCCGCCUCUUCUUCCUCCAGACGCGACACAAAUGCCAUACAAAACAUGUAUAAAGUGGUGGCCAUUGAGGGCUACGGCAACGACGACCACAAGAUUGAUCUCUACUACCGAUUAGAAAAUCGUAGGAAAGGGUGCCUUCGGGUCGGUAUAUGUGGCGGUUUUGCCCCAAUUUGGUGACCGAAAAGUGGCCGUAAAGCAAGUGCUUCAGGACCGCCGCUACCGGAACCGAGAGCUGCCACUCAUGCGCUCUUUGAGACACCAAAAUAUUGUCACACUUUUGUACUUCUUUUACCAAGAAGUCACUCAAG